AUGGACGUGUCUGCCCCAGUGAGGCCGCCCUCCCACUCGCGCCCUACGCAAGCCUAUUACGUGCCGCGUCGUCUUUUGGAGGGCGGUCGCGGUCCACAUCCGGCAAAUGAUGGAAAGCCAUCGGAUGCUUUCGUCGCUGCCGAUGCGCCGCCAAAUAUGACGAAGCAACGAUCUAACACUGAGAUUGACUCUGCUGCUGGCGGUGGUGGUGGUGGAAGUUUUUUUCCCCGCGAAAAGUCGUCUGCACGCGAACGUUGCAUUCCGUGA